UAUCCGGCGAGCGCAGCGCACCAGCUGCGCGGGAGACGCGAGUGUUGUGUGCUAACAUUGACUAGGAAGUUUGAACUUUGUGUUAGGGAACUUAAGAAACCCAUAAAAAAAAACAAAAUGGCGGACAUCAUUAUGAAUUCGACACAGAGCGUGCUGAAAGAAACCUACGACUAUUACCUAUGGACUUUAUCACUGUCAGACAACAGGACAAAAGGCUGGCCUCUCGUGGACUCUCCAGCCCCAACCGUCUUCUACACCUUAAUGUACCUCUUCAUCGUCUGGAUAGGACCUAAAAUGAUGAAGAACAGAAGACCAUUCCAGCUGACCUGGCUGCUAGUACCUUACAACCUGGCUAUGGCCGCUCUGAAUGCGUACAUAGCGUUACGACUCCUGACGGCGUCCUUCAGGUUAAGAUACAGCUACAUCUGCGAACCUUGCCGGCAGAAAUACGAUCCUGAUGAAUUGCAAAUAGCUGACGCGGUGUGGUGGUACUACUUCUCGAAGCUUCUAGAAUUUUGCGACACAUUCUUCUUUAUCUUGAGGAAGAAAGAUGAGCAACUGACCUUCUUGCACGUGUACCAUCACUCUACGAUGUUCAGUUUCUGGUGGAUUGGAAUCAAGUGGGUGCCUAGUGGAUCCACCUUCCUCCCCGCGAUGGUGAACAGUGGUAUCCAUGUCCUCAUGUACACUUACUACGGUCUGUCUGUCUUCGGGCCCGCCGUCAGCCAAUACCUCUGGUGGAAGAAGUACCUUACUAUCAUGCAGCUGAUCCAGUUCACCUGCGCCCUGGUCCUCGGUAUCAACGGCAUCAGGACUGGCUGCGAGUUCCCGCUGUGGAUGCACUACGUCCUCAUUAUCUACAUGAUCUCCUUCAUCAUCCUCUUCGGAAACUUCUACAUGAAAGCCUAUAUUGCUAAGGGAAGCAAAUGCAUGGAAGUCAGAUACGGACAAUGCCUCGACGAUGAAGAGACUAUAGCGAAACGAAAGUUGAAAUCCAAUUAAAAUAGUAUAACAAAUAAUUUAUUAAAACUUAGCUUUAGUAUAUUAUUAAUAGUUAUUAUUAAAGAAUGGCCUUGUAAAUGCUAAAUAAAAUAUUUUUGGUACGUUGAUUUUUACUUGGAGUUUUUAUUGUGUUCCUUAUUUAUUCCUAUCCUGACGAAAAAAAUAAUUUUAUUAUUUUCCAUUUACCUGACACAAGCUUUUUACUGAGCUAUUCACCAACUGUUCAAUAUUAUUAAAAAAAACAUAAACUUCAAGAAACCAAUCACAUCAAUCAAAUGAACUAUGAGUGCAAAACUGGGUUCGAUUCCCACUCAGGACAAAUUAAUGUAUUUAAGAAAAAAGACACGAUAAAUAUUAAAUAGAGCUAAUCCUAGAGUCUCAAUUUUAUACCAGUAAAUAUUCUUACAAUCCAAUAUAAUUUUCGAGUCUAAAAAUGUUCUUUCCUGUCUCUUAAUACACCUACGGCUUUAGACAACUUUAAACUUAGUUCUCUCUUGAACAACUAAGAGGCACCCGUAUAUAAUAUACUCUAGGAAAAUUUAACAAUACUAAUCCAGGCAGUUAACUUGAGGUUUUAUAGUCUUUGGUUGGCUUUGUUUUGAAUUACGUGCGUCAUGAUACCUCGUUUUUUUUCUUAAUGCAUUCUAUUUUUACAAGACC